AUGCGCACGCAGAGCUGUCUGUUUGACGUUCCGAAAGAGUACGACCCAAUCGUAUGGUCGUCGUACGGUACAUAUAAUAGCGUACGGCGCGUAGCGUUCCACGCGCCCCUCAAAGAGCCAAUAGACCACCACAGACGGGGCCCUAUAGGGCUAAUGUUCAGCCGGGGUGACGGGGUAAGUGCAAUGAGUCAUCGCGGCCUCGGCCCAGAGCAGGUGAAGGAACAGGGGGCUUUUAGUCAAAUGGAAGCUACUAACUUGGCACUCUCGCCGCGGGAGUCUCUCAAACCAAGAUCCGAACACAAAACUUUGCAAUUAAGUGGCAAACCUAAUCAGGUGGGCACGGUACUUCUCUACGGAGUACCAAUAGUUUCCCUGGUGAUAGAAGGGAACGAACGACUGUGCUUGGCUCAGAUAUCGAACACGUUACUGAAGCAGUUCUCGUACAAUGAGAUACAUAAUCGUCGCGUGGCUCUGGGCAUUACUUGUGUACAGUGUACUCCAGUACAGCUGGAGAUUUUGAGGAGAGCUGGAGCCAUGCCUGUGUCUUCUCGACGAUGUGGUAUGAUAACGAGGAGGGAAGCAGAACGACUUUGCAAAUCAUUUCUUGGGGACAACGCCCCGCCUAGACUGCCGGACGACUUCGCAUUCGCUGUUCAUCAUGAGUGUGCUUGGGGAUGCCGUGGCGCGUUCUUACCGGCCAGGUACAAUUCUUCUCGAGCGAAAUGCAUCAAGUGUGCAUACUGUGGCCUCUUCUUCUCUCCAAACAAGUUCAUAUUCCAUUCCCACCGAGUUGGCCCAGGAGACAAGUACAUACAGCCUGAUGCAGCCAACUUCAAUUCUUGGCGACGACACAUGAAACUCAGCGGUACACCCCCCGAAGAAGUGGUUCAUGCGUGGGAAGAUGUAAAGGCUAUGUUCAAUGGGGGAACGAGAAAACGAAUGCUGUCGGCUGCUAGAAGAGUGCCUUUCCGCAGGCCGGAGUCAGAGGGCAGUAGUGAGGCUAAGAGACCGGCGGCCAGUCCUCCCAGCGCGCACGCCCCUGUACCUCGCUUGGCAGAUUACGUUUGGGGGGCCCGACUACCUCUGCCGUAUGCAUUACCUUGGCUAAAACCAACCCUAUGGACUCCUGGUGCUCUAACUGCACUGAGCAGUGUGAACUCAAUAGAGGAGCCCCGUGCUUUCCGUCCAGUGAGGGGACACCGACUAGAGUCGCCACAACUAUCCCCUGUCAUGUCACCGCCAAGGUCACCAAACAGUGGCAGCCCUGAGGCACGUGCGCUGUUCAAAUUAGGGCGCGUUCACAAACAGAUACUCGACACUGCGAUAAACGCCAAUACAGCAUGCACUUGGCCUUGUAACAGCGUGCCAACUCCUCGCCCCGACGAGACCUGCUGGAGUGGACUGGUUCCCAAAGUGGAGAGGGAUGAGGAAGCAAGGGUUGAACCCUGGAGGCUGCCUGACUUGCGACCCUCACUGCAUUAUAUGCACGACAGAGAAUCAGAAAGACAAUCUACGCGACUCAUUCUUGAAAAUGAACAGCUGAAUUCUAGUGUUAUCAAUCCAGAGAAUUCAGAACAAUAUGAGCUGGAUGUUACUACACCUAUUCCUGAUAGUGAACAACCUUCAACAUCUAGCAUUGCAGAACAUCAGCUGGAAGGUACAACACCUAUCCCUGACAGUGAACAACCUUCAUCAUCUAGCAUUGCAGGUGAACUGUUUUUGUACUAUUGA